AUGCGACGUGCAUUUGUAUAUAGAAAUAGAAAUGAAGAAGAUGGAAAACUUAUGGCCGUGGAAGACUCAAUUGAAACGUUUAAAUCUCAAAUUUCAACAAAAUUCAAUAUAUCCAACGGAAACGUUAAAUUAUUUACAUCAAAUGGUUGUGAGAUAGUUGAUGUAAGAGUAAUAAGAGAUGAUGAGAAACUUUACAUCUCCUUAGAACGUAAAACCUCUGAACAGUGUGAAACGAUUGAAAGAUUGACACAAAGCUCGCAAACGAGUGAAGACGCUGAACGCUAUGUUUCUGAUUGGAUAACAUUAAAUGUAGGUGGAAGACACUUCACGACGUCUCGGUCAACGCUUCUUGCUAAGGAACCUCUAUCUAUGUUAGCGCGCAUGUUUGCCGAUGAUAAUAAUAUGUAUUUAAUGAAUCCAAGUGCUACAGAUUCUACUGGAGCUUACUUAAUUGACCGCAGUCCAGAAUAUUUUGAGCCAAUAUUAAAUUACUUAAGGCAUGGGGAUGUUAUUCUAGACAAGCAUGUAAAUCCCAAAGGAGUUAUGGAAGAGGCUGUAUUUUAUGGCAUUGACUCUAUGAUACCCCAUCUAAAUCACCUUAUUGAAGAGUCUACAUUAGCUAGUUCCAGCAACCAAUCCCUAACACGAAUGGAUGUUGUACGCUCCAUUAUAUUGACCCCAACAACUUCUGAACUACGAUAUCAAGGUGUUAAUUUAGCUGGAGCAGACCUGAAUAGAUUGGACUUACGGUAUAUUAACUUUAAGUAUGCUUGCCUGUCAAAAUGCAAUUUAAGUGGUGCCAAUUUGUCGCAUUGUUGUCUUGAGCGUGCUGACCUGUCACAGGCCAAUCUCGAAGGAAGCCAGCUUUUAGGUGUGAAAGCACUAUGUGCUAACAUGGAAGGUGCCAAUUUAAAAGGCUGUAAUAUGGAAGAUCCAGCUGGCUCAAGAGCUGUAAUGGAGGGAGUUAACCUAAAAGGUGCAAAUUUAGAAGGAAGCAACAUGGCUGGCGUAAAUUUAAGAGUUGCAACACUUAAAAAUGCUAACCUUCAGAACUGUGAUCUCAGAGCUGCUGUUUUAGCUGGCGCUGAUUUGGAGUGCUGUGACUUAUCCGGUAGUGACCUUCAGGAAGCUAACCUGCGUGGCGCAAACUUGAAAGACGCGGCUUUCGAACUGAUGCUUACUCCACUACAUAUGUCGCAAACUAUACGCUAA